AUGCUUAAGGAAGAUUAUGGUUACCCAGAUACUCUUGACUUUAGUGACAGAUAUAAAGAAGCUAUUAGAAAGUUCAAGGAAGGAAAUACUGACCCGAACCUAUUUAGCUUUAUGGUUCAGCAUCAAAUCGGAUAUAAUCUCAAACCUGGAAAAUACAAGCUCGCAAAGGGAUAUGAUUUAAUAGCAUAUCAUCCAAAUGACAUGAAUGAAUUUACUCUGAGAUAUUUGAUGUCAGAGCUAAAUGAUAAUUCAACUCUCUUCAUGAAACGCGUAAAAAAUAGAGACGGAACGAAAGAAGAAGGGUUUAUGAGUCCGGAUGACUUAGAUAGGGAACUUGUUAAAAACGGUCUCGGAAUAUAUGAAAUGCCAGCAGAUGAGGUACAAGAAACUCAACAGGAAGAAGUUCAGAUACAACCAGACAUGGAAGAAAUAGUUCAGCAACAACAGCUAGAAGAGCCUGAAGGAAACGAACAAGUCCCUCCUUUGGAAACUAACUUCACAGAACUAGAUGAAGAUUUGGAACAGCCGAAAAAUCUUGACCCUCAACAAGAGUAUGAGGUGAAUAUGGAAUCUUUCCAAGAGUCUAAAAAAAAUUCGGCUGGCAUGGUAGAAGAAUAUCGAAAAAUGUUCGCCGACAUACAAAAGACUCCAACAUCAGAUGAAAAUAUUCAGCAUAGAAUGGAAGUACUGA